AUGCCGUACUACACCAGAGACGAGGAUGAGGUCGAUGAUUUCGACGAGUUCGAUCCGACGCCGUACAGUGGCGGAUACGACAUCACCGUGAUCUACGGCCGUCCGGUUCCUCCUUCCGAUGAGACUUGCUACCCGCUUUCCUCCGGAGCCGAUGAGGAAUUCGAGUACGAGAGACCUGAAUUCACCUCGAUCCACGAUCCCUCCGCCUACGGCGAAGAGGCUCUCCAGACCGAGUACAGUAGCUACUCUCGACCCAAGCCCCGACCCGCAUUUCGACCCGAUUCAGCCGGAGGCGGUCAUGUCCAAGGUGAAAGACCCAAUCCCGGUUACGGAUCUGGCGCUGGUGCUGGAUCCGGUUAUGGCCGGAAACCGGAAUCCGAGUACGGAUCCGGUUAUGGGGAAACAGAGGCGGAGUAUGGUCGGAAACCUGAGCAGAGUUACGGAUCUGGCUACGGUGGUGAACGAACCGAGGUUGAGUAUGGCCGGAGACCUGAAUCUGGCUACGGUGGUGAGCGAACCGAGGUUGAGUAUGGCCGGAGACCUGAAUCUGGAUAUGGUGGUGAACGAACCGAGGUUGAGUAUGGCCGGAGACCUGAAUCUGGCUACGGUGGUGAACGAACCGAGACCGGAUAUGGAUCCGGGUAUGAAAAGAAACCGAGCUUCGGUGAAGAGAGGAGCGAGUAUGAACGAAAGCCUAGCUAUGGGGAGGAACGGGAAGAGGGAAGUUACAGGAAGCCUAACUAUGGAGGAUCUGAUGAUCUGGUUGAAAGCUACAUCAAGCCUAGCUAUGAAAGGUCUGAGGAACGGGAGGAAGGUAGCUAUAGGAAGCCAAGGUAUGGGGAGGAACAGGAGGAAGGAAGCUACAGGAAGCCAAGCUAUGGGGAGGAACAGGAAGAAGGGAGUUACAGGAAGCCAAGCUAUGGCCGUGGCAAUGAUGAUGAUGAUGAUGAUGAGCAGCGCAGGAACCGUUCUGGUUCCGGUGAUGAUGAGGAGAAGAGCUAUGGCCGCAAGAAAUAUGGUGGCAAUGACUCUGAUGAGAAUGAAGAGAAGAAGCAGAAUCGUUACAAGCAUUCCCACCAGAGGCAUCGUAAUGAAUAUGACGACUAA